AUGCCAUCGACAGUCAGCAUCGGGCUGUUGCCCAUGCUUCUCGUGCUAUCCGCGUGUUUCUACGCUGCCAGCGCCGAUAAAGGAUCGUGCACAUCGGAGAACUGCACCCGAACGAUCUACACGUGGGAAGGUGGCCGUAUCGUGUGGCCAUGUCCGACAACGAAACGGCUCAUAACCAGCACCGGGAAGUACACACCACGUGAUUUGAUCGCGAUGCGCUGCCAGCGUGCGGGGACACAUACGCUGUGUUGUUUCCCGCGCUACAAAAGCAGCAACCCGAUCACGCUGAGUAAGGUGUAUGCCACCAAGAAAGGUUGUGACGUGAAGUUUGAACCGUUCCCGUGCUGGAACGAGCAGGAGGAAGGCAACUGCAAUGCGUUGCAAUCUGCGAUCGAUCUGUAUAGCGAUGGUAACUAUGUGUGGGUGUUGGAUAACGGUGUGACGCAAUCGUUCCGCUCGCCGAUGCAGCGUUGCCCACCAAAGGUCGUCGUGUACGAUAGCAAGACAGGGAAGAAGCUGAAGACGAUCAAUCUGGCACGGUUCGUGACGGACAAGUCGCGGCUACAAUACAUUCAAGUGGAGUGUUUGAAGGGUGGCCGGUGCUACGUAUACGUGAGUGAUCCGGGUAACAACGCCAUCAUCGUGUAUGACGUGUACGCUGGUCGGGGUUACCGCGUGAUCCUUCCGAAGGCCGUCCACAUGGGAUGCCGGUACCGAGAUAUGUUGUACAUCUUCCUGUCCAAACACAAGGAAGGUACGCGACUGUACUUUACCUAUCUUGGAGGACAUCGGCUGUUCGCCAUCAAGACGGAACACCUACGGAAAGGACACGGCGGAAACAUCAUAGACGUUGGCGAGAAACCACACGUACCGGUGUUCCUCGGAACGGAUGGUGGCUGUGGGGUGUUCUUCCGAGAGGAGGGUGAAUCAAACAUCUUCUACUGGAACACCAACACGUGCUACAAGAAGUCUAACUUCAAGCUGGUGUACAAGAGUGUCCUGGGACUGUACGCGACGCACGUGUUCCCCGACCUGAAGCUGAACCGUUUGCUGGUACUGGAGAAUGACUUCCCGAGCUAUGUGAAGGAUCAUGCCGGAUGUGGAACGCUGCACCAGAUCUCCAUCCUGGAUGGCAGCUGCAAAUGCCACGGUGGUUCAUACUGAGCAUCAACGUUUGA